ACAGUCAAAACAAAGAGCUGAAGGUCCAGUUGUCUGCUCGGGUUCUGCUCAGCACAGAGGAGCAGACUUGGAAUCUGUUUUCCUUUUUCUUUUUUUUCUGCUUGCUGAAAGGGCCGGGAAUUGGAUGACUGAUCAAUGAUAUUGGAUUUGCGGAUGGCGUGCGGUGCAGCUGAGUCCAGCAUGAAUGCAAGGUUUUGAUGAAGGACCCGCUGCACGGACAGCUUUGAAUAGUGGAUCAGACAUGUUGCCGGGGUGGAGCUCUCAUUGGGCAUAACAGAGAGAUGUAAACAAGCAACGUACAGAGACAUUAAUGGAAUAGUGAUCAGGGUGGUUGUUGAAGCAGGAGGGUCAUUUGGUUGAAACUAUGGAGACUGCUGCCGGGUAUUGGAAAUCGAUGCAGGAUCGAUAUAAUGAUUGGUGGAUGCGAGCGGGGAGUGGUGGAGAAGAGGCUGAAAAUAGAUCUGACCUGUGGUAAUUGUGACAGAAAGCGAGUCCAUUGUGUGUUAGAAUCAGGUCUUGGUCCAGCUUAUAAAGCAGCCCUUUAUUUCAGGAGGAAGCUCUGUUUGUUUGUAGGCGGGGUGCGGGGGUUGUCAGGUUAUUGGGUCCCCACACGUGACUCACCCCACCUCCUCCCCUCUUCUCCCCUCACUCUCUCUCUCUCUGCCUCCUCCUCCCCCCGCCCCACUCGCUCGCUGGCGCUCUAUAGCCGUUGCAAGCAUAUCGAUUAUUUCAAAUACUGAUUAUCUAAAAGGCCUUCUGCUACUGUAGGCAUUGGAUUUAUUUUGGCUUAAUUAUUUAUGGGCCAGGACUAGCUAGGGAGCUAAACUCUGUGGCGUCUGAGCUGGCUGGUCGACAAGAGGAGAGCGAGCAUUCCCAUAAGCACCUGGUAGAGCUGAGCAGGGAGUUCAAGAGAAAUGUCCCUGAGGAGGUCCGGGAGAUGGUGGCACCUGUUCUCAAGAGCUUCCAGGCCCAGGUGGUUGCUCUGAACAAGCGCAGUAAGGAGGCAGAGUCUGCGUUCCUGGGAAUCUACAAACAGCUUAUCGAGGCCCCAGAUCCAGCUCCGGUGCUGGAGGCCUCGCACUCCCUGGAGGAACGGCUGCAGCAGCUUCAGAGGUCGGCCCCGGACAGCGAGGCCCUGGUGCGGGAGAUCAGCGGGCACUGGAAGAAACACCUGGACUGCCUUGAAGAGAAAGAGCCUACAGAGGAGGGUCCAGCAGAUGCAGCUGUGACGGAGGAGACUUCAGAGUCCCUGAUGACCCCUAGCAGUACAUCGGCCCCUGGGGCCCCGGGCUCCCCUCAGCAGAACCACCAGGACCGAGCUGAGGACCGACGGGGGGAGGAGGAGGAGGAGGAGGAGUGYGCUGAUGUUAGUUUGUCUGACAGACUAUCAGAGGCCGAGGAGAAGAUCAAAGUUCUGCAUUCAUCUCUGAACACUGCUCAGACAGAGCUGCWGGACCUGAGGUGUAAAUACAAGCUGGAGAUGGCAAAAAAGGCGGCGGAAGUUGAAACCAUCAUGGUGAAUUUAGAGAAAGCAAAUCAGAGAGCGGAAAUGGCUCAGAGGGAAGUGGAGCGGCUAAAGGAGCAGUUAUCCAGCGGUUCGAGCGCCACCACAGGGAGCUGCCAUCCAGCAGAGGGCUCCACCAGGGAGAAAAAUGAGAAGGGUGACCUGCUGCCUGCCCAGCUGGAGGCCACCUUGUUGGCUAAAGACAGAGAGAUCCUCCACCUCCUUGAAAACAUUCAGCGGCUGCAGUUCACACUGCAGGAAGUUCAAGAGACCUCAACCAAUCAGAUCCUAGAGUUGGAACGCCAGCUAGCCUAUAAGACAGAAACAAUUGAGAGAUUGGAGGCUAAACUGCAAUCCCAGAUGGACUAUGAGGAGAUUAAAACUGAACUCAGUAUACUAAAGGUGAUGAAGCUGGCUUCAACAAACGGCAGCUCAUCCCAGGAUUCUGCAAAGGCUGCAGAGUCUAUCUUGUUGGAUAAAGAGGCCUUUCUUUCAUCUCACAAGUACUUAGGAGAGAAGAGUCGAAAAUUGCACAGCAAUGAUGAGGACCACUCUGAGGAUGCAGGCAGGGAGACGGGCAGGCCGCCUGGAUCUCAUUCAUCUUCCUCUCAGGUGGACAGUCACGCUUCACCAAGCCCGGGUCCCCCGGCCCUGGACGGUUCCUCCUCCGGCCACGAUCUCCCCCGUCCCUUUUCUGUGUCGCCCUGCUCCGGGGACCGACUGUCAGGAGACCACAUCCUUCACAAGCAGCUGCUCUCCCCUCACUUUAAAAAGGAAGGCCUCGUGGCUUUCCCCACCGCCCUCUAUGCAGCUAAAGUUGCACUCAUGUCGACCUGCCAGGGGUCUGCGGGGGCCGGACCCGCUGACGCCGGCCUGCCCAGCGACCAGUCGGAAAGCGGCAGCUCGACUGCAGGAGAGGAGGACCAACUGGACACGGCGGAGAUCGCCUUUCAGGUGAAAGAGCAGCUGCUGAAGCAUAACAUCGGCCAGCGAGUGUUUGGCCACUACGUUUUGGGCCUCUCCCAGGGCUCAGUCAGUGAAAUCCUGGCAAGACCCAAACCAUGGAGGAAGCUGACGGUGAAAGGCAAAGAGCCUUUUAUAAAGAUGAAGCAGUUUCUCUCGGAUGAGCAGAACAUCUUGGCUCUCAGAACCAUCCAGGUCCGACAGAGAGGGAGCAUCACUCCGCGCAUCCGAACUCCUGAAACUGGGUCAGACGACGCCAUUAGGAACAUCCUAGAGCAGGCYAAAAAGGAGAUCCAGUCCCAGAGGGGAGGUGAUGGAAAGGUGUCCCUGAACAGCUCAUCUGGCAGAGGUAGUAAUGGUGCAGGCAGCAGCUCUGAUGAAACCAUUAAGAGCAUCUUGGAACAGGCCAGGAGGGAGAUGGAGGCUCAGCAGCAGGCCCUGAUGGAGAUGGAGGCCUGCGGGAGGUCCUCCACUGCCAGCUCAGGAGCUCAGGUAGAACGCCUGGGGCCACCUGAGCGCUCCCGACUUCUCCCCUUACCCAUCUCCAUCAAACAGGAGGAAGGGGGCUGCGUUACCGUGUGCAUGGCCAGCUCCAUCAGCAGCCCCCAGACGCCCCUCAGCGUCCUCUCCCCGGCCGCGUUUGUUCAGAACAUAAUCCGCAAAGUCAAGUCAGAAAUCGGCGAGGCGGGCACCUACUUCGACCAGCACUGGUCUCAGGAGCGAGGACCCAUGGUGCUCGCAGGAGGAGGAGGCGGCGGCUGCGGCUCCCGGCCCUUCAGUUCCGUCUCACCCUCUUUGUCGUCCUCGUCCUCCGGGCCCCCCGCCUUGCCCCGGCCCUGGCAGCGCCUCGAGAACGGCGACGGCCUGAUCAACAGCGAGGAGGCCUCCAACGCCGAGGACGAGCUGAGCCUGGGCCGGCCCGUGGAGGUGAAGGUGGAGUCGGACACCUCGGUGAGCGGGGAGUCUCCGGGUCCGGGGCCGGGACGUCUUUCCUACUACCCAGCGUACAUUCCUCGUGCUCUGAAGCCCACCGUGCCCCCCCUGACACCGGAGCAGUACGAGAUGUACAUGUAUCGAGAGGUGGACACCAUCGAGCUGACCCGGCAGGUGAAGGAGAAGCUGGCAAAGAACGGCAUCUGCCAGAGGAUCUUUGGUGAAAAGGUGCUUGGGCUUUCUCAGGGCAGUGUCAGCGACAUGCUGUCCCGGCCAAAACCCUGGAGCAAGCUGACUCAGAAAGGCAGGGAGCCCUUCAUCCGCAUGCAGCUGUGGCUACUGGAUCAAUUGGGCCAGAGCCUCAGUCAGCCCCUGAACCAGGGACACACUCAGGAUAAAAGUCCAGUGACAGCCCAGUCGUCGCCCUCGCCACCUCCUAGUCCGGCAGAGAGCCACCCCAGUCCACUGGUGGAGCCCGUCAGUCUCUCACUGGAGAGCAGCAAAGAGAACCAACAGCCUGAAAGCCUGGGUCUGGGGCUGCCCACCCACACAGAAGGAGAGAAACCCACCCCCAGUCUCAUGGCUCUGCAUCAGCCCACCACCCCGCUGGGCAUCCAGGAGCUGGUAGCCAUGUCUCCAGAACUGGACACAUACGCCAUCACUAAGAAGGUCAAGGAGGUGCUAACUGACAACAACCUUGGCCAACGUCUUUUUGGCGAGACCAUCCUGGGUCUGACUCAGGGUUCAGUAUCUGACCUGCUCUCCAGGCCCAAACCCUGGCACAAACUCAGCCUAAAAGGCAGAGAACCCUUUGUCCGCAUGCAGCUUUGGCUCAAUGAUCCUCACAACGUGGACAAGCUGAGGACCAUGAAGAAGAUGGAGAAAAAAGCUUAUCUGAAGAGGCGGUACGGGCUGCUGAGCACCGGCUCUGACAGCGACUCGCCCAGCACCCGGUCCGAGUGUGUGAGUCCUGCCCUGGCCUCGCUGGACUUGUGCCCCUUCAGUCAGGUGAAGAAGCCUCGGGUGGUGCUCGGGGCAGAAGAGAAGGAAGCCCUGAGGAAGGCUUACCUGCUGGAGCCAUACCCGUCUCAGAACACCAUUGAGAUGCUGGCAUCGCAGCUUCACCUCAAAACCAACACUGUCAUCAACUGGUUCCACAACUACAGGUCCAGGAUGCGACGGGAAGUGCUUAUGGAGGGUCUUCCAGAUAACGACACAGAUGCUGAACAACCCAGCUACUCCCCCCCGGUGACAGGGAACCCCCACUCUGACGGAGAGGAGAGGAGGCUGCAGCCGCCCUCAGGACACGUCCACUCCAGCAUCAACAGCCCGCUGCCUCGUGUCAAACAGGAGGCGACAGACAGGGAAGAUGGUGGGGGGGAGGACAGGGACGGCGCCAUGAAACCAUCAGGAGUUCACUGUUUUCCUAAAGCCGAGCCGUUCCCGUCUUUAAAAAGCGAGCACGAGGACUCUGGCUGUCAUGAGCCCCACUUGGCUGGCCAGAGCCUGAUGCAGGAGGAAAGGGUGAGCGGCCAGGUUCAAGGACUUUACCCUGGCGCCCUCUCCACGGACGGCCCUCAGAGAGCCAACCAGUCCAGGCACGAGGGCGAAGAAUCCAGGAAGUCCCCCGUGGACCCAGUCAGCUUCAAGUCUUCGUCGGAGCCGUGCCGCAGCAGCCUCGAGGUCUCCCUCAACUCCCCAUCCGCCGCCUCGUCCCCAGGCCUCAUGAUGUCGGUCUCCCCCGUCCCCUCGUCCUCUGCUCCGAUAUCGCCCUCGCUGCCCAACCCUCCCCCCGCGAGCACCGGCCACAGCCUGGACGCAAACCUGCCGCCCCCCUUCCAGAGCCCCAAACUGAACAGAAACACUCAGAGACGCAACGAGAAAAUGGCCAACCUCAACAACAUCAUCCACAGGCUGGAGAGAGCAGCCAAUCGGGAAGAAACACUGGAGUGGGAGUUCUAAGCCCACCCCCCAGCGUCUGGUAACUGUCCCUCACUGCACACAGGAGGCUCUGAUACAAGCUUCCUGCAAAYAUGAAAAGCUCCCAGGAAAUGAGAACGCAAAUCUAAACAUGAAGCUGAAUUUCCUACAAUAACUUAAGAGUUGAAAAAAAAUAAUUUAUAAAGACACCUUUUUUUAAUCGUGUGUACUGCUUUGAAAUCUAUGUGACAGCACUAACUGUUGUUUUACCUAUUGGACUUGACCUGAAGACUUUUGCAGCUAUGGUGUCAUAAAAUGUACACUGAAGUUCUGAAGAUUGCCACUGGGUGAGAUUAAAAAAGACCUCUGUCUUAAGCCAUUAAAAGCACUAUAACUGUUUGAAAAGAGACAUCGACCAAAUUUGCUACUUUUUGAAUAGCAGUUUUUCAAAUUUUGUCUGUCAGACGGGACAGUUUAAGUCAAGUAACAUGAAAUCCAMUUACUGACUGAGGGAUAGUCCUUUAAGACUCUAAAUAUUCAACUUCUUGUAUGUACUUAGUUUCUUGGUGAUAUGUUUUGAAAUAUUUGUAACUCACACGUAUAAAAUGUGGUUGUACAUGUUGUAGAAUUGUCUGCAAUAGCCUUCUCUGAAUCUGAUGUAGCAUGAUACUCACCUGACCCUUUUAUUCUAUGUAGUUAGUCACCUGUGAAUAUACUUGAGCAAAAACAGACAAAAAAGGUUGAACAACAUAAAGUUGAAAGGCCUGCAAAAAAAGGGGAAAAAACAUAACGAUAAACUUAACACUAUUUUUUUUAAUAAACUUUGAGGUUUACAGUUUACGGCCCAUGUGCUUUUGGUAGGAAGUGAAACAUUCACUUCACAUAAGCACAGGAUUUACUUUCAGACUUACCUCUUUAACCCUCUAAGGCACUGGYUCUCAGAUUCUAACGGGCCAAGACACAGGACACCUGGUUUACCUCAGAUUAGGUCUGUACACACCAUGCAUUUCAUAAACAUGAACAUGAGCCGCAGUUUGAACAGACAGGAACAAAAACAAUCACUCUGUGCCACGCUUCAGAUGGGAUUCGGUUCUUUAGUGAUCUAAAAAGAAGCAGAGUUGAAGAAAUAAAUCACAGGAAUGUUGGGAUUAUUUGCAGAAUUAGUUUUAGAAAAAGAAAAAGAACAGGAGAUUUAACAAACCAGAACAUGAUCAAAUGAACUGGUCUUUGCCAGGUUCCAAAAUCAUUCAAAUCUAACUCAACUGGCUCCUUCAUUAUUUAUUAAACAAAAAUUAACCUGUGUGAAAAAACUUAUAAGUCCACUCUUUUUGCUUUCAUAGGAUUUAAGAGGUUCAGUAUCUGAACCAACAGUGUCCUUUUGGACGGAUGAGACUACAGUAGCGAUUUUACCCACAUUGCAAAGCAUCAUGUUAGGAGAAAUCCAAACAGWGUAUCAGCACGAGCACGGUGGUGGAAGUGUGUUGAUCUGGGCUUGUUUUGCAGCCGCAGGACAUGGAAAUCUUGCAGUCAUSGAGUCCAYCAUGGACUCCUCUGUGGACCAAACAGUUCUAGAGUCACAUGUGAGACCACCUGUCUGACAGCUGAAAGCUUGGACCAAACCAUGUAGCAGCUAAUCUACAACAGAGUCAAGGUGCUGUAAGGGUUCAGAACAAGUCCAGACAUCAACCUGACUGAAACGCUGUGUGUGUGUGUGUGUGUGUGGGGGGGGGGGGGCGUCUUCAGAGAGCUUGUCAGAAACUAAUGUCUUCAACUUUAAUGACAUAAAGCAGUGUUGUAAAGAGGAUUGGGUCAGAAUUCCUCCACAACCUUUCAAAAUCAGAAGACAGCUGCUGAGUUAUUGCUGCUAUAGAAGAUUCAAUAAACUGUUGGAUCAUGAGGUGGACUUUUCAUUCUUGUUUUUUAAAUAAAUAAUCACAUUUUGUUGUCUAUUUUUAUACAUUUGAGGUUAGAAUUUGAAAGCCUGGUAAAGACCUAGUCRUUUUUAUUAUAUUCUGAUAUGAACCCUAGAUUUUAAAUUGGGUGGACACUUAUUUUCUCCAUUAAUACGUUGGAAAUGCUUCCUGUGUAUGUGCGCUGAUCUUCUGUCGGGUAGCUCCUGGUUGAGUGCACAUUCCUAAAACGAGUUAGAAUAAACGUGACAAAAAGCCCAAGCUUCCAAGCACUGCAGUGGUGUUCACUGCUUUAAGCUCGGUCUCUUUGAAAGCGUGAUAAAUACAGUCUGCCCUCAUCAACCUGAAAACAUUCAGUUUGUAAGUACACUAGAUUAAAGAACACGCCCUCAUUUUAUCUUUGACCACUCGUGUAUUGUGUCUGUAGCCGUUUCUUUUGUCAUGCUUGCAAGAUGUUCUUUUUUGUAUUUUGCCUSUAUUUUAUACUCAGAACAGUUAACUAGAUAUUCAAUACCUCGUGUAUGAAGUACUUACAGCACUUAGAUUUUGAUAAUUGUGAGGACUCAAGAAAAUUUCAUCUAUAAACAUUAUCCUAACUUAGUGUCCGCAAGUCUUUGCCUUUACUGUAUUGUUGAAUUUGGUAGUAAAACACUUGCACAUGUCUACAUAGUUCCGAGGACUUGGAUUGUAUUAUGUAGAGGUAUAUAUUACACAAUUAUAAAAUAAAAUAAAAUAAAAUCCUACAUUCUUGGGACAAAUUGUGCUGAAUAUAAUAAAAUAGAGUGUACAGAUUUAAUAAACCAAACCCAUUCAAGCCAGUUCUGGUCUGGCAGGCUUGCCCAUGUUUUAGACCUUUCUCUCAGGGUAGUCUUGCUUUUUAAAGCUUUAUCGGUGCAUUUGCUCUCAUCGGUGAUGGUGAUUAUGAUAAACAUGUGGUGUAGAGAAUGACUCUGUUAUACUGUUCAAUAAAUGAUCAUGUGGAAGUUGUAUGAUUAUGGGAAUUUCAGCUCUCACAUAAAAUGAUUUGUUGGGAGACUUGAUGCAGUUUUGUAAUUCAUUACACAGAUGUGUCAAAGUACAAUGUAGAUGCCAGGAAAUGGCUGAUGGUGUGUUUUUUUUUUUUUUUGACUUGCUCUCUGAAAUACUGUUUUGUUUUGUUUUUCUUGGAGAGUUUCAGCUGGUUUUCUUUCCACCAUCAUUUGUGCAUAAUAUACUGUACGAUUUGGAGUGACAUUUCUUUUGUGAAACGGCCAUUGUCUUUUAUUGUAACAUGGGCACGUGACUGAACAAGAAAAAGAAAUGUAUUUACCUUGAUCAUUAUCUUCUAAUUAUCAUCUAAUUGUUUUGCAUGCAAUCCACUCUGGUCACAUGACAAGAUGACUGACUGUUUUUGUUUUAUUGUUCUGACACAGGAACACUGAUUCAACACUUAGGGUCUCUUUUUGUUGUUUUGUUUUGUUUUGCGUUUGUGAAGUCCAUGCAUGGUGCAGCUGAUCAAAUAUGGCUCUAGUAAAGUACUGUGUGGCAAAAGGAAACUCAAUAUUGGCCUUAUAAUCCUUAUUCCAAGUUAAUAUUUAAAUCCAAAUUAUUUGGUGCCAUAUCAUAUGCCUCAUGCAUUUUCCUCACAGAGAAAUGUCUUGUGGUAAAGUGUGAUUGAGCAGUGUGUAGGGCUUUUUGUAACUGUUAAAAAAAGAAAAAGCUAAGCUUUUUAUUAUUAUUAUUACAAGAGCUCUACACAUUAAAUUAUUUUUUAUUUUAUAAUUGACAUUAGUCACUAAAUUAGGUGAUCAGCAAAAUGUUUAAUAAUUCUGAUCACAGUUGGUGGUAUAAAAAUAAGAUUUACAACUGGGGGGGUUGGUUGCCUAAAAGAAAUUUUGUGGUUUGAUAGUCAGCUGUGAGCCAGGAAAGRAAUGUCCUCUAGGCUCAAAUAACUUUGUAAUGCCUCACAUGUUACCAGGCUGUCAAAUGUUAAAGAAUUAACAAUAGUGUGUCAAGCCUCUUUAAAUUAAAACUGCAUAUGUAAGCCAUCAGUCAAUACAUUAUUGUUUGAGAUCCUG